CAUUUGAUCUGGAUACAGCCAUCAAGCUUGAGGCUACUAGUAACUUACGGGCAGACAAUUGCGCUGUAUCGACAAUCGACAACCUUGUUAGCUGAGACAGAACUCAGUUAGUACACGUACCAGGUACUAACUCAGCAUGGUGGUUCCAAGCAGUGGUGGCGCCCCACCUGUCCCUCCCAUCUCGCCAUAUGGCACGCUGCAGGGCUCUUUGUUCUGUUAUGAUGCCAACAAGGCGGCUUUCGAAUCGGUACCAUCGGGCAGUUCGGAACCGUUGCCCAGCAAAAAGUGCAUCCUGGUGGGUGGCCUCAGUGACGGCUUGAUGCCAACACCAUAUACCCAAGAUCUAGAAAAGGAAUGCCACAAAUUAGGAUGGAGCUUUGUAAUGCCAAUUCUAUCAUCUUCGUACUUGGGAUUUGGAAACGGCGAUCUUGAACGUGACAGCCAAGAAAUCAGUGCAUUGAUGUGGUACCUCACGUGUCAUCGAUCUGCCGAAACGUUUGCUCUUGUGGGACACUCUACAGGAUGCCAGAAUGCAGUCCACUUUUCCAAGCACGGUCAAGCAGAUAUGGUUCAAAAGACAAAGGUCAUUGCGCUGCAAGCUCCAGUGAGCGACCGGGAAGAAGCAGUGUGGGAAACAUCCAAAUAUGACACUUACUUAGAGAUCGCCAACAAACUGAAGGAGGAAGGCAAAGAACUUGAAAUGAUGCCAAGAGCAGCAUUUUGGGCACCAAUUACAGCCCAGCGUUACCUGGGCCUUCACGCAAAAGGAGGAGCCGACGACUUCUUCUCUUCGGACUGGACAGACGAGGAGCUUGUGGAUCGACUAGGUCACAUGUCGAACGUGUCGGAUCGCAAGGUUUUGGUGGCGUUCUCUGGAGCCGAUGAAUACGUCCCCAAACAGUUGGAUUGCAAACGCAUGUCCGAAAGAUUGUGCAAGGCCAUCAACGGCGGGAAGGAAGAAGGAGUUUCAGUAGAGUGUUUCUUGCCGAACGCAAACCACAAUUUGUCGGAAGCCGAGGGUGACAAGGAGAAGUUUGCUCAAAAAGUUGCAGAAUACCUUCGGAAUCUGUGAUACAGAUAUACAAUUCACUACCGUAUUCUAUAGGUGUCAUUGCCAAGGUUAGAGCUUUUGCCCAGUGCCAGCGUAUUAGCGGAAAAGUAGAGAAACCUUCCAUUAUAUCACCCAGGGUGCCCUCAUAGAGCUUUCAUUGCACGUCC